CCCUCGAAUUUGAUUGGCUACUCUAGACCUCGCAGAUUAGCUAGGAUUGGGAGCAAAGAGGCGUAUGACAGUCACCGGGGUUCAAAAUGGCUUUAGCCGUUUUGGUGACGUAAGAAACAGAAUCUGAGUUCUCCCAGCGCCCUUUAUAAUGAUGUCUCCAGGAGAAUGGCGAUUGGCCCCAUCUCCUUGACGUCACAGAUCUGUCGCGAGGCUUAUAACACCCUUCCCUCCCCACCCCCAUCCCCACGAGCGCACACGCACUCCAUCCCCCUUAGUCUUGGCCGACACACUGAGCGGACGUCGACUCUCCAGGUUCCUUUCUUCGAUGACGCACACAGCAGAAACGAGUUUAGCCCUAGUUCACUUCGUGUGGUGCCGUGGAGAAAGAGAGCUGAAUUUGGAGUGAGAGAACCUGGGUUCAAACCCUGGCCCAGCCUCUGCCUAUUUGGGGGACCCCAGAAGUCACUGGACUUCCCUCAGAUCCUAAUGUCUUCGUCAUCAGUGGAAAGAGGGGCUGGACGGUCUUGUCUCCAUCAUGCUUUGGAUGAUCUCCAAGGUGGCCAGCAUGGAGCUGUGGCCAGGGCCAUGGACAAUGCUGCUGCUCUUUCUGCUGCUGCUUUUGCUGCUGGUGCCUGUGCUCUGGGGUUACAGCGCCAGUGCCAAGUACUUCUGCAAGAUGGCAUUCUACAACGGCUGGAUCCUUUUCCUGGCAGUGUUGGCCAUCCCUGUGUGUGCCCUUCGAGGGCGAAACGUGGAGAACAUGAAGAUCCUUCGGCUGAUGCUACUGCACAUCAAGUACCUAUACGGGAUCCGACUGGAGGUUCGAGGGACCCAUCACUUUCCCCCCUCCCAGCCCUAUGUUGUUGUCUCCAACCACCAGAGCUCCCUCGACCUACUAGGAAUGAUGGAGGUGCUCCCAGGUCGUUGUGUACCCAUUGCCAAGCGGGAACUGCUGUGGGCAGGGCCAGCAGGGCUAGCGUGCUGGCUGGCUGGAGUCAUCUUCAUUGACCGGAAACGGACUGGGGAUGCAAUCAGUGUCAUGGCUGAGGCUGCGCAGACCCUGCUCAGCCAGAAUGUCCGAGUUUGGGUUUUCCCUGAGGGUACCAGGAACCACAAUGGCUCUAUGCUUCCCUUCAAACGCGGCGCCUUCCACCUUGCUGUUCAGGCCCAGGUCCCCAUUAUUCCCAUUGUCAUGUCCUCCUAUAAAGACUUCUACUGCAAGAAAGAACGGCGCUUCACCUCGGGGACAUGUCAGGUACGGGUGCUGCCCCCCGUGGCCACAGAAGGUCUGACCCCAGACAACGUGCCCGACCUCGCUGACAGAAUUCGCCACUCCAUGCUCACAGUUUUCCGGGAGAUCUCUACUGACAGCCGGGGAGGGGGUGACUAUCGAAAGAAGCCUGGUGGGGCUGGUGAGGCUGGCCUCUGAGCCUUCCUCCUACCACUCCUCCACAUUCCCUCUCCCUCAACCCAGUGGUCCCUGGACUGGGCCUGACUCCCCUCUUCACUUCUCCCAUCCCAUUUAUCCUUUGUGGUACAGCCAAGCCUCUCCUCACCCCACUAAUUCUCUACUCUGAAUCUUCAACUUCUGAAGUGGACAUGGACAAAGCGCUUUUCCUCCAGCCCUUUCCCUUUCUUCCCAAACCCUCCUCUGUGGACUUUACCGUCUUGGUGCAGCCUAUACGCUCCCUCCAUGCCUCCCAUCUUGUCUGUGGAACAUUCUGCUCCCCUCUCUGUCUCCUGAGUGGUAUGUUCCACUGGACAUGGACCACUCCCACCCCAUAGUGGACACUAAGUGGAAGCUUCCUCUGUGGCUCUCCUCCCCACCCUUGAUUUGUGGAGUCAUCCACCUCUGUGGAAGCACCCCGCUCUCUCUCACCUACGCACCUCCCAACUCUGUGGAUGCAAAUGGACUCAUCCGACUUGGGGGGUGGGGGUGGGGAGGACCCAUCUCGGGAAUGGAAGUAGACCCAGCCAGCUCCUCUUUGCAAUCUUCCUCUCCGGUCUGCAGCCCAGCCCAGCCUCUCUUUCCUCCCCACCCAUCCCAAUGGAUAUAUGUGGAGUCUUCUUUCCAGGGACCUGGACCUUUCUCUUUCCUUGGUACAGUCCGUUUAACCUGCCUUAUUCUUACUCAUCCCGGCCCAUUCUUUCCUGUGACACACUGACCCACACAUAAACUGGUCUCCACAGAAUUCCCUCUUCUUUCCCACCCCACUCCUCCUCUUCCCCCUUCUCCCCUUAGGCAGUGGGUGGUACACUCCAGUGGUAGUACACUCUUAAAUUUCCCUGGAGUAGCGGGAGACCAGCCCAAUCCAGCCCUCUCCCGACACAGUCCCUAGGCCUCAGGCUGUACCAUUAGGCCCAGACACCAGGGAAGGGUGGAAUUACAGGUGCUGCAUUAAUUUCUUACUCCUGGAGGUGGGGUAGGAAGAGCUGAGAGCUGGUUAGAGGAGGCUGGAGUAGGUUUUAUUUAUUUUUCUUUCCUUUUGCUGCAUUGGA